UAUUGUAAGGAGUGCAAUAGAUCAAUAUAAAGCUUCAUUAAUACAUUGAAAUUAAAAGAAAGGAUUUUGCGAAAAAGAGCACAUGUCCAGUUAAAAAUGAAUAUUUCAGAAGAUACAAGAACACGGGUCACAUUAAACGAACAUGGAGUUGAUAAUGUUCAUAGCACAGAUUUUCCUGGCGAGUACCCUGACUUUGAUGAUGCAUGGGAUUUUAAAAAGUUUAAAAAGAAUUUCCGCAUUGACAUGAUAAAAAUGAACGAUGAUGAACUGGAGUUUGAUAUGGUUGGCAUAGACGCAGCCAUAGCAAAUGCAUUCCGCAGAAUUCUCUUAGCAGAGGUACCCACAAUGGCAAUAGAGAAGGUUCACAUUUACAACAACACCUCCAUCAUACAAGAUGAGGUUCUAGCCCACAGAUUGGGACUGAUUCCUAUAAAGGCUGACCCCAGACUGUUUGAAUAUAAAUCUGAGGGUGAAGAUUUCUCUCCUGAAGACACCAUCAUAUUUCAGCUCAAAGUAAAAUGUACCAAAAAUUCCCAGGCCAAGGAUACCACAGAUCCAGAUGAAAUGUACAAAGAUCACAAAGUCACCACAAAACACUUAAAAUGGAUUCCUAUGAAGGGACAAGACACAAUAUUUAAAGAAGGAGACCUGCGACCUGUUAAUGAUGAUAUUUUAAUAGCAAAAUUAAGACCAGGACAGGAAAUUGAUAUUCGAGUAUUCUGUAACAAAGGUAUUGGGAAGGACCAUGCAAAAUUCUCUCCAGUUGCUACAGCCUCUUACAGACUGUUGCCAGAGAUAUAUCUGAAAUCCCCGGUCACUGGGGCCCUGGCCGAGAAGUUACAGAGUUGUUUCUCGCCUGGAGUCAUAGUCAUAGACUAUGACAAUGGAAACAAAGUAGCACGAGUGGCAAAUGCAAGAAAAGACACGUGUAGUCGAGAAGUGUUCCGCCACGACAACUUAAAAGAUUUAGUGGAGCUGAAAAAAGUCCGGGAUCAUUUCAUUUUUUCUGUGGAGUCCACGGGCAUCUUACCGCCAGAUAUACUUGUAGAGGAAGCCAUCAAAGUCCUGAUGAAGAAGUGUCAAGAUUUCAUGUCAGAUUUGGAUACUUAGUAAAAUUGUUCUGUUAAUCUCUUA